UUUUUUUUAGUUUUUUUAUGACCCUCCCUAUCCCAUGAGCAUACUGGUAAAAAUAUUUGAUGAGAAAAAACUCAGCCAAAAUCAAUUAAGUAAUGUAAAUCCCCGCAAAUUUUGUUUUACUUGAAAUCUGUAUUGAGUUAAAUAUAUUUGUAUGUAAAGUCAUAUUAAAAACACUGGUAUUUAUAUCAAAACAGAUGUAACAAGCUUUUUUUUAUCAGACCAGAUAAUUUCAGUUGGAAAGAUGGAAUCCAUAGCAAUGCAAAUAGUGGAAUGGUAUUGUAUACACAGUGAAAUUUUUAAACUAUGAAGUAGAGAGCUAGGUUGUUUACAUGCUUCUGAUAGCAGUGUGUCUAUUUUGGGGUGAUUAGCUAGCAGACUGCGCCAAGACCAAGGCAAGAUUAAGUCGGCAAAAUCUUUUGUAUGAGAUCAACAAGCUAAAUUCAUCACCAGGGGAGGAAGAGAAGGUGAUGAUUAUCUCGUGGGGGACCUACAUUUUAUUUGCUCCGGGUGAAGUUCUGUUGGAUCUUCAAUAGGGUGGUCAACUGUUGAUUAAAACCCUCAUCUAGAGGGGUGGGGAAGUGGGAAGUAAAAACCUUUGAAGCUUUCCUGAAUUUUUUUUUGGAAUUUCUUGGAAUUUUGCCGAUGAAAAGUUUUGAUUCUUCUAAGGAUCUACACCUGCUGAAACAUAUUUUUUUCGAGGAGUGAUGGGAUACUAGAUUUUCGAAGGAGUGUAUACAUUGAGCUCUUAUACAAGAUGUCGGAGGAAUACUUACUUUAUCCAAUGGGCCCUAGUGACGGUGGGAUGGAUAUAAACAGCCAUUUUACACCAAUACGCAAAGCAGAAAUGACCCAGUCACCACUUGCCUCACCAGUGGUGGAGCGGCGCCCGGUCCCUACCACCGUCUUCACUGACCCCCACCUCCAACAGGGACUGGCCAAAAUUAAACAUGAGCAGGAGCUUCAACAUCAGCUGCUCAUACAACACUAUAGACAGCAACAACAGCAGUUAGCUCAGGAGCAUGAAAAGCAGCUACAAGACCAUAUCAAGCAACUGGUCUUCAUGCAGAAGCAACAAGAGCUAUUGGAACAGCAGAAGAAAAUGCAAGAGCAACAUCGCAUGGAGAAAGAGCUCCUGGAGAAUGAGAGACUGGAACAGAUCAAGAAUAAAAAGGAUGGAGAACAGAGUGCUGUCGCUUCUUCUGAGGUCAAGGCCAGACUGCAAGAAUUUGUUUUGACCAAGAAACAGCGAGAGGCUGCAGCAAGAAAUUCACCACCUGCCUUAAGAAACUGGGGGGUGGAUCAGAGCUCCCCUCCCCAAGGAAUCUCCCCUCCAUACGCCUCUCACCUCCUCGGGAAGUACGAGGACUUCCCCCUAAGGAAAACAGCAUCUGAGCCCAACUUGAAGGUGAGAUCUGCGCUAAAACAAAAAUUAGAAAGCCAGCGACGGAUCAACCAUAGCCCGAUCCUACCCAGGAAGAACAAAUUUGUCAAAAGAAAGCCCCAGCUCUCACUGGACUGCAGCAGCAACUCUGACUCGGGGCCCAACUCCCCCCCAGCGGGUCUCCAUGCUUCAAUGGUCAAUGGCAACGUGACCUCCAAAGAGGAUGGAGGCUCCUACCCCUUCUUAAUGUAUCGCUCCAUGGGUUAUCCUGCUAACGAUCUCUACACAUCACCAUCCAUGCCCAACAUCUCCCUGGGACGACCCCCCUCAUCAUCUGGUAAUUCUAGUUCCCCUGAGGCAGACCUCCGUAAUCUUAGUCAUUCACGGCAUGGCCUGCCUGCUCACCUCAGCGGUUACCCACUUUACCCAAUCACAGGGCAUGAAGUUGAUCUCUCCCACCCCUCCAAUCCCGCGAUUCUGUCGGCCCAGAUCAAGGCUUUGGAGGAGGCCCGUAACCAAGCUAAACUGGGUCAGUCCCUCCCAUACUCCUCCAUCCAGGCCAUGCCUGGCAGUGCGGCCUCAGAGGCGCGACAUGCCAGGAUUCAUGGGCGUCACAAGCCUCUAAAUAGAACGCACUCAGCCCCGCUCCCCAUUGGACACCCGUUCCUGCAACAGAGUUAUCUGAUGCACCAGCAGGCAGCAGCUGCUGCUGCAGCAACAGGAGAGCAUGGCAACGUGUCAUCUGAACAGCUGAUGAAGGACAAAAUGUAUGUAAAGCAGCACAUACGACAAGCUGUGUUACAGCGAGUGGGCAGCAAAUCGCACAUGGAGAAUGUGGAUGAGGAAACGGAGGCCAGAUUAGCUCAGGAGAUGCGUGAAUCUCGAGAGCAGAUGCAAGAAGAAAUGCGAGAGAAAAUGGAAGAAUCUUAUAUUGAAGAGAAAGAAAUGCAAUGGUCAUUGAAACCCCGUCACAAAGGCCCCUGGCAUCACAGGCCACUGGCCCGCACUCAGUCUAGUCCAUUAGUAUUGUCGUCCAUCCCACCGCCAGAUUCCCAGGAAGCAAAACCCAUUUCAUACAGAUACACAACAGGUAUUGCAUACGAUUCAAUCAUGCAGAAACACCAGUGUACAUGUGGAAGCAAUGCAAACCACCCAGAAAACGCUGGUCGCGUUCAGGCCAUCUGGUCACGCAUGCAAGAUACAGGUCUCAUCAACCGGUGCGAAAAAAUCAAAAGUCGGCGUGCGACAAUUGAAGAACUUCAGAGUGCUCAUUCAGAACUUCACACAUUACUUUACGGGACAAACCCCAUGCAUCGACACAGACUACUCGAUCACUUCCAGUUUUGUAUGUUACCGUGUGGAGGGAUCGGUGUCGACUCGGACACAGUCUGGAAUGAAAUGCACACCUACACUGCCACUAGAAUGGCUGCGGGCUGUGUGACAGAAUUAGCAACCAGAGUUGCCAACAAGGAAUUGAAGAAUGGCUUUGCUAUUGUUCGACCCCCAGGUCAUCACGCAGAACACAACCAACCAAUGGGAUUCUGUUAUUUCAACUCAAUCGCCAUAGCAGCAAAACAGUUGAGACAAAAGUCAAAAGCUGACAAAAUCCUAAUCGUGGAUUGGGACGUACACCAUGGCAACUCCACACAACAAAUCUUUUUCAAUGACCCUAAUGUGUUGUACAUAUCUGUCCAUCGCCAUGACGACGGGAACUUUUUCCCUGGGACCGGUUCCCCCGCUGACUGUGGAUCUGGGGAUGGACUGGGAUUCAACGUUAACAUAGCAUUCAGUGGGUCUCUGUCCCCACCCAUGGGGGACGCCGAGUAUUUAGCUGCCUUUAGAACUAUUCUUAUGCCAAUUGCAAAGGAGUUUAACCCUGAUAUUGUGUUAAUUUCGGCCGGAUUUGAUGCAGCAGCAGGUCAUCCCCCGCCUCUGGGAGGCUACAAUGUCUCCGCAGCUUGUUUUGGUCAUAUGACCCGUGAGCUGAUGUCCCUGGCAGAUGGUAAACUGGUUCUCUCUCUGGAGGGUGGUUAUGAUCUACCAGCUAUUUGUGAUGCUACAGAACUUUGUAUUAAAGCUCUUCUUGGAGAUGAGCUACCCCCGGUGAAAGAAGAAGAACUGUGUCGUGCCCCGUGUAAACCAGGGCUAGAAACACUGGAGGAAACCAUAAAAAUACAGGCUAAACACUGGCCCUGUGUUCAGCGGUAUUUAGGGACCAUUCAUUAUUCUCUGAUGGAGGCACAAAAGAGGGAAAUGGAGGAAGCAGACACCGUCACGGCCCUGGCCUCCUUAACAAUGGUAGCUGCCAAACAGAGUACAAUGUCGGAGGAGGAGUCGGAACCAAUGGACGAAGAUAAAUCCUAACCAUUACAAACUGUUUCCAUGGAAAUAAGUCUCGUCAACUCAAGCAAUGGGAGUGUGUUCUACUGUGUUGUGGAUUAAACUCAUAGCUCCUAGUUGCUAUAAAUAGAACCGUGAGCAGUUGGUUGUCCAUUUUGAUGUUGCAAUUUUUCAGUGACCAAUUCACUGCCAGGGCGUGCUGCGAGGACAUAGAGCGAGUUUUUGGACCCCUCUUAAGGAGGGACGUACAAAGCCUUAAUCUGUAUUAGCUAGAGUCAAGCAAAAUUGACCAAUUACUGUUACAGAAACCAAGGACAUUUUGACCAAGACUGAAACGGGAGGAUAUUGGUGCAUUAAAAAAGUGCAUUUGAACAGUUCUGUAGCAUUGAGAAGUAUUUAUAAAUAUAUUUAUAUACAAUUAUAUAUUAUAAAUAUACCUGUAUAGGAGUAAAGAGAGUGAUUUGAAUUAUUUUAUUUUAUUUUUUUUCUCUUGUGAUCUAGAUGUUUGCGGAUAGCCAUUUAUGUCAUGUCAGGUCCUGUGAUAUGUAUUUCUGGAGGAAACAGAGUGGAUUUAAGCCAGGUGUCUUUGUUUUAUUGGUAAAUUUUGUUAAGUAAACAAAUGUUAAAAAAAAAUCAACAGUCAGCAAUGACCAUUUUUGUCUUGUCUUUUGCAGCAGAUUGUAUAUUUUUUACAUGUUGUCAAUUAUUUCUGUCAAGUAUUUUGAUGAAGGUAAAAAUAUUUUGCAAUGAUAUAAAUUUUCUUAAUUUUUACUUCAUUUGAGAUUUUAUCAGUAACAUGACAUAUCUUUUUAUAGCUCUUUAAUCAUGUGCAUGUUUUGGAAGAAUUGGGUUUUUUUUGUACGGAUACUAAAAUCCGAGUAUGCAUAGCACAGAGUAAAUCUGAUGGAAUAUUCAGAUUGAUUUUUGACAUUUAGAAUUGUUCAGUGUCUUAUGACAUUGAUAGCAAUCAAAUUUUGAUAUUUUCAACAACUUUUUAAAACAACUUCUUUUGUGGAGUUCUGGUUAAAAUGCAUUUUAACCAUAUUGAUUGGAAUGUAAAAUUUAUCCCAGUGCUACCACAUUUUGAUUGGUAUUAUAAAACAUACAAAGUAUAUUUUACUCAAAAUUCAUAACUGUCAUCUCAUUACAUCUAUUUUUUGUUGGUUCAAAAUGUGAUGUACAUGUACAACCAAUCAAAUCAUUUACAUUUGUAAUUGUUCGACCAAUCAAAUUUGGUGUAGCAAGUGCUGGGAGUCUUUUUUGACCAACCAGAUUUGGUUUUAUGUCUGUAUUUGUUGUUAAGCCUUGUGAUACUCCAUACUGUUGUUAUCGUGAGCAGCAAUAUUACUGGUUCUGUCAGAUGGUAGUCAUGACGCUUUACUGUAACUGUUAUCAACAAUAAAUGAGCAACUGAAAUGUC